AUGCAUACAAUAGUUUUAUUAGUCUCUAUCUAGUCUAGUCUAGUCUAGUGGUAAUAACCAAUGGUAAUUACCAUUACCCCCCUCCAUUCCAGAGAGAGAUGGAGUAAAAAUUACCCAUCUCGAUCCUCGUGCAAUUUCUCUCUCUUCGUCUCUUUUCUUCCUGCCUCUAUAUCUGUGUCAAUCCUCACCCUCUUCAAUAGGUAGCAUUUACCUCUUCCUUCAUCGGUUCAAACACCCAUCUCUCUCUCUCUCUCUCUCUCUCUAGAAGUACGCUGUUUUCCAAAGAAAAAAAAUACACCCCACAUCUCUUUCACGCUCUCUCCUCCCAAUGGAUUCUUCUUCUCAGCAGAACUGGCUCGGAUUCUCUCUUUCCAAUCACCACCAUCACCUGCCCUCUGAUUCUUCCCACCUCUCCCUCUUCCAAGCCUUCGCCACCCCCAACCCCCACUCUCAUAGUGGGGUUGUGGAUAAUAGGCAAGUGGAAGAUGCAAGCGGUGCAACAGACCUGUCCAUAUUCACUGGAGGCGGCUGCGGCGUCGGUCCGAAACUGGAAGACUUUCUCGGCGGCGGCGGCUGUAGCUCCGCCGCCGCUGGAGAUACUGAUGCGUGCCAGUUUACUGGGGAAGCUCAGGAGAUAUAUGAUUCGGAGCUGAAAACAAUAGCUGCAAGCUUUUUACGUGCCUUUUCUUCUGAGCAAAUCGCUGAUGAUGAUUCACAGAAGCAGUUGGUGGUGGUGGCGCCUCCUGAACAAGCGGCGAAGAAGGCCGUCGACACCUUUGGCCAGAGGACCUCUAUUUACAGAGGUGUCACCAGGCAUAGGUGGACCGGAAGAUAUGAAGCUCAUUUGUGGGAUAACAGUUGCAGAAGAGAAGGGCAAAGUCGGAAAGGAAGGCAAGUUUAUUUGGGUGGCUAUGAUAAAGAGGAUAAAGCAGCUAGAGCUUAUGAUCUUGCUGCCCUUAAGUACUGGGGUCCCACCACCACUACUAAUUUUCCGGUAUCGAACUAUGAGAAGGAACUUGAGGAGAUGACCAACAUGACUAGGCAAGAGUUUGUUGCUUCUCUUCGAAGGAAAAGUAGUGGAUUUUCUAGAGGUGCCUCUAUCUAUAGGGGAGUCACAAGGCACCAUCAACAUGGUCGUUGGCAGGCAAGAAUAGGGAGAGUUGCUGGCAACAAAGAUCUCUACCUUGGAACAUUCACCACCCAAGAAGAAGCAGCCGAGGCCUACGACAUUGCCGCAAUCAAGUUUCGGGGUUUAAACGCGGUGACUAACUUUGACAUGAGCAGAUAUGACGUCAAGAGCAUUGCCAACAGCAAUCUUCCCAUCGGAGGAAUCACUGGAAAAUCCACAACUCAAUCGGAUUCAGCUUCCGAUAACAAGAGCAUUGACGGAGGACGUUCGGACGAUCGAGAUCAUCUCUCCUCUGCAUCAUCGGUGAAUUUUCCGUCACAACCACCAAGCUCCACACUCAGCUUUGCUAUCCCAAUCAAACAAGACAGUACCGCAGAUUACUGGUCAAUCCUUGGCUACCCCAGCUCCUCUAAUUCUUUGACCAAUGCCAAAAACCCUAGUGCUACUACCCCUCUCUUCCAAGCUUCCAACAGUGGUACAUUCUACCAGAGUACAACACCAUUCAGCAUGGACUUCUGCAAUACAGGUAGUAGUAGUAGUACUAUUUCAAAUCAUAAUAAUGGCAUCUUCAAUGGUGGUGGUUACCUUCAGCUGCAGCAGCAUCAACAAAGCAUUAGUACUAGUACUUCAACAAGUUCAAGUGGAAUUGCUUUUGCUACACCCAUUGCCUUAAAUAGCAGCAACAGUUAUGAACAAGGGUCUAGUUAUGGAAACUGGGUAGCUCCAUCCCCACUUCUUCACUCAUUCCAAUCUGCCAAGCCAAAUCUACCAUCAUCAGUGUUUCAGACACCAAUUUUUGGCAUGGAAUGAAUGAUCUCUUUCUCUCUCAUCCAUCAGGAAGUGAAGUAAGAGAGAGAUGAAAAGACAAUAUUAGACAUGGAAGUGAGAUAGAUUUGCUUGCUUGUUUGCAUGCAGCAGAAGAUGGUGGGUGGGUCAAACUUACUUUGGAAUAGAUGAUGAGAUGGAACUGACAAUCAUUUCACAGGUUGUACUAACUGAAGUAGUUUCUUUUGUUUAGGUCAUCGUUUUUUUUUUUUCCUCUCUUUUCUUUUGCUUUUGCUUUCUCUUUUACUGACAUGAUUUAUAUGGGGUUUAAUGGGGAAAGAAAAUCUGCCUGUAAAUCUAUCCAUCAAAAAUAGUACUCCUAGACUUAGUCAUGGGGUAUUCUUCUC